CGCUGAAACCUUUGUAUUUUGUGAAAAAUCGCCGGAACAUUUGCAUUGUAUUAUUAACAUCCCUUAAGCCGGAGGUUUUUUUUCUUUUUUGGAAAAGUAAUAAAAGCAUUUUUCCAAAUCAUGACAACAUAUGAUAUUCGCGAUUGUUGGUGAUAAUAUUUGAUUGUUGUGACAGCGUGUGAGAGAGAGAGCGCGGGGGGACAAAAUAUUAUAGUUUCCAGAGUGCGCGUGUAUAUGUUUGUGUUAGUUUGGUGGAGGCAUACGUGUCAAAGGCGUCUCGAGGGUUCAUAUAUGUACAUACAUAUAUAAAAUUGUAUAAAAUGGCAACCUUGACACUUGGUGAUCGUCUUUGGCGGUUCGGGUAAAGUUUAAUUCGUUUGGAGAAUGUAUAUCCUCGCGUCAUCCUAUAGUGAAAGCUGUCGCGCGUUAAAUAUUCGCGAAAAUAAUCCUUUUAAAUAAAAGUUCAAUAUUGGAUUUGCGAAUUUGUGUGUCAUCGACACGGAUCCACGGAUGUUUUCUAUAUAGUACUGUGCACACACUUGUAUGUAAUUUUGUGCUUUGUUCAUGUUAAGUUCACCGGUGCGUUUCAAACCAAUUCAUGAACGUCAUUUACAAAUCGCCACACACGAGAGAAAAGUUACUUUUAUUUCCUAUCAAUUGCGUCUUAGAGUAAUUUUGCAAACAUAAGAUUUACCAAUUUUCGGCAAACAGAAAGAAAAGAAAAAUGUGCAUUCAAGAUCAAAGUACAAUAUUGUUUGUUAUAAAUCAAUGGUGAGAUCUGUGGUAUCAGAUAAGAAAGGAAAAGAAAAUAUCCAGCACAGCUUUUACAUGUGGACGUAAUUCAUGAUAUUUUUGGUACAUGAAAUAAUCUUUGAAAGAAGAGAAAAAAAUAUGUGAUUUCUGAUUACUUAGAGGUUUAGAGGAUUAUUUUGUGCAGCAAGAGACCAGAAUAUAAAGAGAACAAUGGCGCAAAUGGAGCAGCAAAUUCCAAUUCCAGUGCCAGAUUUGAGCACGAUUCGAAUAACAACUGCUGUUUCUAUGCUAGGCAAAGCUUAUGGCUGUGGACAGUGUGCCGCUCCCCCGCCGGGGUCGACAAGCACUGCCGUGGGAGCAGCUGGAACAACUGGAAGUAGUGUUGCUGCUCCCAGUUCCUUGAGCCUGGUUCCCGCCCAACAAACACACACGCCUCCUCAACCUCCAGAUCUGCCGGUUUUCUCAUGUCCAAGGAGGCCAAACAUAGGCCGCGAGGGCCGAGUAAUCGGUCUGAGGGCCAAUCACUUCCAAAUUACAAUGCCACGGGGUUAUGUGCAUCAUUAUGACAUUAAUAUUCAACCCGAUAAAUGUCCGCGUAAAGUCAAUCGAGAAAUUAUCGAGACUAUGGUUCACGCUUAUAGUAAAAUAUUUGGAACUCUCAAGCCUGUUUUCGAUGGUAGAAGCAAUUUAUAUACCCGGGACCCAUUACCAAUUGGUACAGAUAGAAUAGAAUUAGAGGUGAUACUGCCUGGAGAAGGAAAGGAUAGAGUCUUUCGAGUUGUGAUUAAGUGGGUGGCUCAAGUUUCCCUGUUCGCUUUAGAAGAGGCACUAGAAGGUCGAACUAGACAAAUUCCAUUUGAUGCGAUUCUUGCGUUGGACGUGGUCAUGAGGCAUUUACCAUCCAUGACCUACACUCCGGUGGGAAGAUCAUUCUUUAGUACUCCAGACGGAUACUAUCAUCCCUUGGGUGGCGGAAGGGAAGUUUGGUUUGGUUUCCAUCAGUCCGUGCGGCCUUCUCAAUGGAAAAUGAUGUUAAAUAUUGAUGUUUCUGCAACUGCGUUCUAUAAAGCUCAACCUGUAAUUGAAUUUAUGUGCGAAGUUUUGGAUAUUCGAGAUAUUAAUGAUCAGAGAAAACCAUUGACAGAUUCGCAACGUGUAAAGUUUACCAAAGAAAUCAAAGGACUUAAAAUUGAAAUUACACAUUGUGGGACCAUGAGACGAAAAUAUCGUGUCUGCAAUGUGACGCGCAAACCUGCCCAGAUGCAAUCAUUUCCAUUACAACUAGAAAAUGGCCAAACAGUCGAGUGUACAGUUGCCAAGUACUUCUUAGAUAAGUAUAAAAUGAAACUGCGAUACCCUCAUCUUCCGUGCCUUCAGGUUGGUCAGGAGCACAAACACACGUACUUACCACUAGAGGUCUGCAACAUCGUAGCAGGACAAAGAUGUAUUAAAAAAUUGACGGACAUGCAAACUUCGACAAUGAUUAAAGCAACUGCUCGUUCAGCUCCUGAUCGUGAACGUGAGAUCAACAAUCUCGUAAGACGCGCUGAUUUUAAUAAUGAUUCUUACGUACAAGAAUUUGGUUUAACAAUUUCCAAUAAUAUGAUGGAAGUUAGAGGCCGUGUUUUACCACCACCCAAACUGCAAUAUGGAGGACGUGUUAGUUCCCUCACUGGACAGGUAAAGAAUUUCACUCUAGAGGCGAAACAACAAGCAUUACCAAAUCAAGGUGUAUGGGACAUGAGGGGUAAACAAUUUUUCACUGGCGUUGAAAUUCGAGUAUGGGCAAUUGCAUGUUUUGCACCGCAAAGAACAGUAAGAGAAGAUGCAUUACGCACAUUCACAACACAACUUCAAAAGAUAAGCAGUGACGCUGGAAUGCCAAUUAUCGGGCAACCUUGUUUCUGCAAAUAUGCCACUGGUCCCGAUCAAGUUGAACCAAUGUUCCGAUAUCUUAAAUCAACGUUCCAAGGUUUACAAUUGGUCUGCGUUGUUCUGCCGGGAAAAACUCCUGUUUAUGCCGAAGUUAAAAGGGUAGGCGAUACCCUAUUAGGAAUGGCAACACAAUGUGUUCAGGCAAAGAAUGUUAAUAAAACAUCUCCGCAAACGUUGUCAAAUCUCUGCCUUAAGAUCAAUGUGAAACUCGGUGGUAUUAAUAGUAUAUUGGUACCAAGUAUCAGACCGAAGGUCUUUAAUGAACCGGUUAUUUUCCUUGGAGUUGAUGUGACACAUCCACCUGCAGGAGAUAACAAAAAACCAAGUAUAGCCGCCGUUGUUGGUAGCAUGGACGCUCAUCCCUCUCGGUAUGCAGCUACUGUACGAGUUCAGCAACAUAGACAAGAAAUUAUUCAAGAACUCAGUUCUAUGGUUAGGGAGUUGCUGAUAAUGUUCUACAAGAGCACAGGUGGUUAUAAGCCGCAUCGAAUAAUCUUGUAUCGUGACGGUAUCUCCGAAGGACAAUUCUUGCAUGUUCUACAACACGAGUUGACUGCCAUUCGUGAGGCCUGCAUUAAACUAGAAGCUGAAUAUAGACCAGGUAUCACCUUUAUCGCUGUUCAAAAGAGGCAUCAUACACGUUUGUUCUGCGCUGAUAAGAGGGAACAGAGUGGAAAAAGUGGAAAUAUUCCAGCUGGAACAACUGUCGAUGUUUGUAUCACCCAUCCUACUGAAUUCGACUUUUACCUUUGCAGUCAUCAAGGAAUUCAGGGAACAUCGAGACCUUCACAUUAUCACGUGCUUUGGGAUGAUAAUCACUUUGAGAGUGAUGAACUGCAAUGUCUCACCUAUCAACUUUGUCACACUUAUGUCAGAUGUACAAGAUCGGUUAGCAUACCAGCUCCAGCUUAUUAUGCUCAUCUGGUCGCUUUUCGCGCUAGAUAUCAUUUAGUUGAAAAGGAACACGACAGUGGAGAAGGAUCUCAUCAAUCAAGCUGCAGUGAAGAUAGAACGCCAGGUGCGAUGGCGCGAGCAAUAACAGUUCACGCGGAUACAAAGAGAGUUAUGUACUUUGCGUAAUUUAUGCAUGUUGAUCAUCUGCGAAAUCGCCAUAUCCACUGGAAGAAACGAUUGGGGGUUAUUUUUUUUAUCAAAUUAGAAAAGAAAAGAAAACUCAAUUAGCUAAUAAUUGAUAGCUACUAUUAAAAUUGUCAUAUUAUCCCCGUAAUCAUUUCUUCCAGUGUCUUUAAAAAGUAAAGUAAACGGAGUAAGGAUCGUAGGCUACUUAAAAAAAAACUAAAAAUUGACGCUUGAGAGCUCGUGGUCGGCCAAUUUUUUUUUUAAUGUACAUUUAUAUAGAUUGCUUACAAAUACCAUGUCAUAUCUCUGCUAGACUUGAAAUGAAAUUGAAAUUCUUGAAAUGAAUUUAAUAGAUUCGAAAGCCCAAAAUUGCUUUGUUGAAGAAAGUGGAGCCUCUCUUGAUUUAGAGGACUUCUUAAGAUCUGGAAUUUGACGGCUUUUUAUCAUAUCUUUUAUUCUUUAUAUUUACUUUAUUUUUCGGUGCAAAAAGUUGAAUCUAUUUUUUAUUUUGAUUUUUUAUUUACGAAAAAAGUGCUUUUUUUAAGUUAAUCAAUCAUGUUGUAGAUUAAGAUUUUCUCAGUUUCACUAUAUGAAGUAGUGAAUUUUUCUCUUUUAUAAAGAUUUAGCUUUCGAGCUGGAAUUACGCUUAUUUUUUUUAUAUUUUUUGCUUGCUUUGAGAUAUUUUUUCUUAUCUCUAUUUUGAAAAUCGGCAUUUUGUAUCAUAUCGAAAAAAUACAGAUUUCACAACUCAUGCUAUCACGUGACUGCCAUCAUAAUAUUAAUUUAAAUAAAAAUACAAUUACGAUACUUGAGCUUUAUAUUUAUGAAUUAGGAUUGCUUUAAAUAAUGAACUGAAAAUUUUUGAGAAGAGAAAAAAAAAAUUGGCCACCAAUUGAGUGACUUUUGUCAUAAAAUGAAAACGCUUGAUUAUAACAUACAAAGAUACUGAGCUGAUUUGCCAAGAGUUAUAUAAGAGAAUGGCCAAAGUAAGUUUAGAAUUUUAUUAAAAUGAAAUUAGGAAUUGUGGCGAAAUUUUAAUUAAGAACUUUCUGUUCAAUGUUAGAUUCUUAAUUAUUGCAGUUAGAAUUAUGCUUUACUUUCAAAUAUUUAUAUAUAUAUAUUUAUAUUUACGUCACGAUUAGAAAAAAGAUAAAGAUUAUUAAUUUUUAACGACUAUACAUUUUUUUUUUCUUAUAUAUUACGAAUUUUCUUGAUGCAAUGUGUUCUUAUUGAAAUUUAUCAAUCGAAAUUUUAUGUCAGCCAAGAAAAUGACCAAAAUUUUGUGUAAUCACAAUUCGGGAGAGACUUAAUAUUUCCCAUCUAUAUUUAAAAUGAAAAUAAUUCAUCAAUCAGUUUUACUAAAAACUAUUCUAAAUCACAAUAUCCUAGUGAAAUUAACAGUGCGUGCAGUAAAACAAAAAAAAAUUAGUUAUAGAACUCAAAUUAUAAAAUAUACACCAAUCCCAAUCGAGAAAUGAAUAAAAUCGUUGCUUAUAUUAUAAUAAUAUAAAGAGCAAACUAAACGGGAUAACUAGAAUAAGAAAAAAAAUAUACAUACGAAUAAUUAUAUAAAAAAAAAUCUCUCGAAGAAUCUGUACUCUAUUUUGAUUCAUCAUAUUUUUAUUAUAAAUCGAAAAUCUCAAAAAUAGAAUUUGUUCACUCUAAAUGCAUUUAAAAAGAAUUUAACAGACUUCACAUAAAGAUGUUUUGAAAUGAUUAAAAAUCAUCUAAUUAGGUAUUUUAUUACCUAUAUUAUCAUUCGCACAUUUUGCCAUUUCAUUAUUUUUUGUUAAUUCAUAUUGAAAUUCUUUUGAUAAGAAUUGAGAAUGAUUGAUUCAUGAUAAUUUAUAAUUAAUUGAGACAAAAUUAAUUAAUUAACAAGUAAUUAAAAAGAGAGAAUGAAGGAAAGAAAAAAAAUUUAUCGUCGAAAGUAUGAAAAGGACCUCGACUCUCAUGUAAUAUUUAUUCUAGAUAUAAUAAUGUAGAAGAUGAUCAAUGACAGAUACAUAAACCUGUAUAAAAUUUAAAUACUUAGGAUCAGCCUCGACAAGAAAAGAAAAGAAAUUAGGCAAAUUUUGUUAUUAAAAAAAAAAGUAUCUUUCUUUUUGGUAAUUAAUAGAAAUGCAACUCGAGUGUGAUUCAUCGAAUUGCUAAGGCAAUUUGAAUUAAAUACCAAAAGAUAACUCAAAAGAAGAUAGAUGAUAAUGGGCUGAGUAUAAUUAGAACAUUGAAAGUUUUAUUAAAAUAGUUGCGUUAUUUAGAAGUUAAUGAGUAUCAAAAAAGAAAAGAAAAAGAUUGAACACAGACGAUUAUUUGCUGUGCUAAUAGAUGUUACUGUUCAAUCAUAACGAGAUCAUGUAAAUCAAUAACUACUCACACAAAUUCAACCAUUUAUAUAGUAAUUUUAAGUUACAGUGUGAGAAAUUGUCAACAAUAAAACAAACACAAUGCUGUAAGUUUCAAAUUAGAAUAAAAUAAUUUUACAUCAAAUAAUUUGCUUUGAUAAAACAAAAAUAUUCCUAAUGACAAUUUCUCGCAUUCUGAGAGCCUCGGAUUGUAAAUAUUUCUCUUUUUAGUGUUUCAUUAUUUUUUUUUUUUUUCUAAAGUAAAUUUCUCGGAGUACAAAGUUCUUUUCUUUCGAAGUCGAAAUCUUAUGAUUAAUCAAUAAUAGUUUAAUAAUCAAUAAUUAAAGUUUAAUAUUUUAAUAUUUUUUUUAUUAGUAUUUUAAUUAUUAUAAUUUUUUCGGUAGGACUGCUUUCACAAUGUGUUCUUUAUUUAGAGGCAAUUACUGCAAGUAUUCUCAAGAAAGCAUAAUACAAAAAAGAAAGAAAGAAAAAUUGUCGAUUAUUGGGAAAAAAUAUUAGUAAUACAUAAAUGAAAAAUAAAAAAAAACUUGAUAAACGGGUGUAUGAAAGGAUCCAAGCACUGCGGUUAAAUUAAUUUAAGGAUAUAAAAUAAUUUAUAUUUAUAUAUAUAUUAUAAAUAUAUUGUAUGUAUAUAUUUACAAAAAAAAGAAAAGAAUACACCUUCACACCAUUUCAUUCAUAAAUGGAUAACGCACUUAGCUUAUAAUUGUCGAUUACACAUUAUAAUGCUGUAUUCGCGAUCGAAAUGCUGCCUUCGCGAAGAUGCCGAUUAUUAUAUUAUAUAUAUAUAUG